AUGUCCAUUCCAGCGGCGCCUUUCCUGGUCCUUUCAGACGACAAUCAUGGUCCUCUCGUUACUCUAGUUUCUGUGGCAUUCUUGAUCGCUACGAUCAUAUUUGUCGCGGCUAAAUUCGUGUCCGCAAUAUACUUCAAGCAGCGACAGACGAUUGUCAAUACUCCGAUAUGGAUAGGCCUGGUACUGGCCAUUAUACAGGUUGUGCUUAUGCAAAAAGCAGUCGACCAUGGAUUAGGGAGACAUUUCAAUACCCUCAAGACAACUAAACUUCACAAAGCGAGCAAGUUUGUCUAUGCUGCCCAAUUGAUUCAAAUUACCAUCCUAUCGUUGUCGAAAGUUUCCACCACUCUAUUGGUAUGGAGGUUGACGCCUAACAAUCAACUUCGCCGGGCUUGUGCCAUCACCAUCGGUUUGACUACUGCGUGGACGCUCUUUGCAUUAUUUGGAAUUGCCUUCCAAUGCCAAAUGCCACACCCAUGGCUCUACAGCCCUGAAAGAUGCGCUGGACAGGGCGUCCUUGUAUACCCGAUCUCGGUGUUCCACAUCCUCCUCGAGAUAAUAAUAAUCGUGCUGCCUUUUUUCAUGAUGCGCGACGUUCAAAUGGCAUGGCAAAAGAGUUUCAAGAUUCUCUGCUCCUUCUCGGCGCGACUGAUCAUUGUCUGCCUCGCGAUCUCACAAUUAGUUCUCUUGCCACCCUUUCUGCGAUCGUCCGAUCCUACCUGGGACAUCAUCACCCCCGCCAUCUGCGGCCAAGUAAUGAUGUGCGCGACCAUCACCAUCGCCUGCCUCCCUACGCUCUACCACAUCUUCGCCGGCCUCCACUCCGGCCUCAUCACGACCCGACUCCCCGACGAGGUCGAGCUCACCCACCCGAAAAAGAGCGCAUACAUCAAUCAGUCCACGAUCAGCGGAAGCCGGGCCCGAGAGGGCCCUACGGAGUCCAAACACCGCAGCUUCCUCGACACCAGGAGCUUCAGGAACUCCGUUUCCGCCGUAAUCACCGAUAUCAGCAUAUCCGGCCGCCAGAGUCAGAACGGGCGAGACACGAUGUGGCGAUCGAGCUCCGAGAGCGCCCGACAUUUGGCCGAGGAGCCCCCCAGACCCGACGGGGUUCUCAAGACGGUGGAUAUUACGGUGCAGGUGGAGGAGCAUCGAUCGGAAUCGCAGGGCUCGUUGGCUUCUCGCUAGAGGGAGACUAAUUUUGUUAGCUUGAUUCGGACAUUCA